GUAGCGUUCACGAGGAAGCGUCGGUACGGUAUUUAAAGUUGGACGCAGCGUAUUUUGUAGGUCAGUACUGGGGGUGUUUUCUUCUUUGUUUGAAAGUGUUAAACUAAAUACCUGUGCCGCAAGAGAAGAUGAAGGCUGCUUUGCUGCUAGUUUUGACUGUUUGGUUAAAUGUUCAGUACGGUGGUUGCGCUUUUUCCUCUUCAUGUUCACUCCCUCCGUCAAAGUGGUGUUCAUCUCUGGACUCAGCUAUCCAGUGCGGGGUCUUGAAGCAGUGCCUUCUGUCCAACUUCACCAGGUCCCAUCAGACCGCAGACCAGGUGGAGGUGGGUCUGUACUAUGAGAGUCUGUGUCCCGGCUGCAGGUUGUUCCUCACUCAGAUGCUCCUCCCCACCUGGGUGUUACUGGAGGAAAUCAUGUCUGUGACUCUGGUGCCCUACGGCAAUGCACAGGAGAAAAAUGUUGGAGGGAAGUAUGUUUUUGAGUGCCAGCACGGAGAACAGGAAUGUCUGGGAAACAUGAUUGAGACUUGUCUUCUGAACAUGACAGACGCUAGUGCUGCUUACGAGACCAUCCACUGUAUGGAGAGCGCCGAUGAUGUCAUCAGUGCAGCAAAGAGCUGUGUGGACCUCUUCAGCCCUGAGUUGAAGUGGGAAAGCAUCGACAGCUGUGUGAAUGGGGACAAGGGAAACCAGCUGAUGCAUCAGAACGCCUUGAAGACCCAAGCCCUGAAUCCUCCCCAUAAAUAUGUGCCCUGGAUUACCGUUAACGGGGCUCACACCGACGAUCUGCAGGACAAGGCCUCGACUUCUCUCUUCUCUCUGGUCUGCAGCAUGUACAAGGGCCCCAAGCCUGCGGCCUGUGGAGGGAGCCAGAGAGGUUUCAGAAGCUACUCCAACAUUGAGUGAAGGAGCAGCCCUGCACAUGUUGCUCUGUUCCAGGUGUGGCCCCCCAAUAAGGAGCACUGAGCAAUAUCACCACAUCUUUUUUUAAUCUUGGAUUUUAAUUAGUUUUUAUAAAGGGAAAAAAAAUGAUCUCACUUUUAUAACUUUCAGAAUAUAAAUACAAUACAUUUUUAUAAAAAGAAUGUGUCCUCAUUAAAAUGUUAUCCACUGAUUUCAUAAA